GAAUGUAAAUGUGUCAAUUGUCAGUGACAUUCCUUGUAAAUUCGUAAAUUGUGAUAAUACAUUAUAAGUAUUUACUGAAAUAUUAUAGUAGUGUAUCUCAAAUGUUUUAUAUUUCAUUAUUGUCAUGAAAUAUUAUAUAUACCUAUUCAUAUAUUUAUUAUAUUUAUUACCAAUAAAACAAUGUGCUGCCAAAACCAACCAGAGGAAACUUAUUGUAGACAAUUUAGUUGAUAUCAAAGACUUUAAAAAAAUUCUUAGAACCAAAACAAAUGUUUUAGUUUGUUUUUAUAAUUCUUAUAAACAAUCCCAACAUGUCAUCAAAAUCUUCAAGGAAGUUGGAGAUAACAUCAAAGGAGAAGGUACUAUGGUUCUUAUUGAUUGCUCAGGGGAAUCCAAAAAAAUGUGUAAAAAACUGAAAAUUCCAAAUGAACCUUUUGUAAUCAAGCACUAUAAAGAUGGAGAUUUCAAUAAAGAUUAUGACAGAAAAAUGACCGUCAGUUCUAUGACGAAUUUCAUGAGAGAUCCUACAGGAGACAUUCCAUGGGAAGAAGAUACCUCAGCCACUGAUGUUGUUCAUAUAUCUGAUGCGAACACCUUAGCCAAAUUCAUAAAAAGAGAAGUGAGACCAAUUUUAGUAAUGUUCUAUGCUCCCUGGUGCGGAUAUUGUAAAACACUUAAACCGGAAUAUGCGGAGGCUGCAAAGGAAUUGAAAGAUCAAGCUAUAUUGGCAGCUAUAGAUGUUAAUAGACCUGAAAAUACCGUUGUAAGAACCCAUUACAAUAUUACAGGAUUCCCUACUAUGCUAUAUUUUGUGAAUGGUCACAUGAAGUAUGCUUACGAGGGAGAAAAUAAAAAAAAUGCAAUCGUGUCUUUCAUGCAGAAUCCUUCUGCACCACCUGUGAAAAUAAAGGAACCUGAAUGGUCAGAUGUAGAUAAUGAAGUGGUUCAUUUAACUUCUACAAGUUUUGACCCAGUGAUAAAAGAAGAAGCAUCAGUUUUGGUAAUGUUCUAUGCGCCAUGGUGUGGACAUUGUAAGAAAAUGAAGCCAGAGUAUGAAGCUGCUGCGGCUCAAAUGAAAAGUGAAGGAAUUCCUGGCAUGCUAGCAGCAGUUGAUGCUACAAAAGAACAAACUGUAGCAUCUAGGUUUUCAGUGAAGGGAUACCCAACUAUAAUGUAUUUUUCAUAUGGUGAACAGAAGUUUGAUGUCAACGUUAGGGAUGCUCCUAAAAUUAUUGAUUUCAUGAAGGAUCCAAGAGAACCCCCUCCACCGCCUCCUCCAGAAAAACCUUGGUCAGAUGAAGAAAGUGAUGUUGUUCAUCUUAGUGAGGAAAACUUCAAAACAUUUUUGAAGAAGAAAAAGCAUGUCCUCGUCAUAUUUUAUGCACCCUGGUGCGGACAUUGCAAGAGAGCCAAACCGGAAUUCACUCAGGCUGCUGCAAGAUUCAAAGAUGAUCCCAAGGUGGAAUUUGCCGCUGUAGACUGUACAGCAUAUCCUGCUGUUUGUAGUGCACAUGAUGUUAAAGGUUAUCCAACACUGAAAUAUUUCAGUUAUUAUACUAAGUUCACAAAGCCCUACAGUGGGGGCAGGACG